UGGUAGAAAAGAAAAUUGAACUUUCUGACUCAAGAAAAUUGACCACCGGUGAAGAAACGAAGAUUCAAUCACUCUACAAUCCAAUGAAUCCAUUUCCAUUUUCCAGUCUUCUCCUUCCACAUGUUUCCCAUUUUUCUUCCUCUCCAUUUUCUAUAAAUCUUUGGAUUUCCCUUUUCAACAACCCAUUAUCUUCACAUUUUGAUCGGAGUUUCUUACUUUUCCGACCGUUUCCAGUCCAUUUUCUUGGUGAUUAUGACCGGAUUUCGCUAAUUUGAAACGACGUUCUGUUCUGUUCUGUUCAUCACGAUUGAAAAGAAAUAUGAACUUCCAUACCCAUUUGUUUCGUUGCUUUAUUGCUUUUGCUUUCGCAGUGUCUUUCUCGGAGGCUGCUAUAACUCUAGGCUCUUCUUUGAGAGCUUCGGUUCCCAAUCAGGCAUGGAAUUCCUCUAAUGGAGAUUUCUCUUUGGGUUUCACUCCAUUGGAUUCUUCUUCCGGUUCUUCUUUUAAAGUCGGCAUAGUCUUCACUGGUGGCGUUCCUACUAUAUGGUCUGCUGGUGGCGGCGCUACGGUGGAUGCUUCCAGUGCACUUCACUUCCAAUCUGACGGUAACCUCCGUCUCGUCAGUGGUUCUGGUGCCGUUGUUUGGGAAUCUAACACCACUGGCCUUGGCGUUUCCUCCGCUGUGCUCGAGGAUACCGGCAACCUCGUCCUUCUAAAUAGUAGUUCCCAGCCGGUUUGGUCUUCGUUCGAUCAUCCGACCGAUACGAUUGUUCCAUCGCAGAAUUUUACUGUGGGGAUGGUACUGCGAUCUGGUCAGUAUUCUUUUAAAUUACUUGAUGUUGGGAAUAUAACUCUGACUUGGAAUGGAGAUGAAGGUGAUGUUGUCUAUUGGAAUCAUGGGUUAAAUACAUCGAUCGGUGGAACUUUGAAUUCUCCUAGUUUACGAUUAGAUCCUAUUGGGAUGUUGGCUGUUUUUGAUACAAGAAUACCAGCUGGUUCAUUUGUAGCUUAUAGCAACGAUUAUGCUGAUAAUGCUGAGCCUACUUUUAGGUUUCUAAAGUUGACAAGAGAUGGAAAUUUAGAGAUUCGUAGUGUUGUUAGAGGAAGUGGGUCUGAAACAGCAGGAUGGGAAGCUAUUCCUGACAGAUGUCAGAUAUUUGGGUUUUGUGGGGAACUUAGUAUUUGUAGUUAUAAUGAUACAAGUCCAACUUGUAGUUGCCCAUCUGCAAAUUUUGAACCUUUUGAUUCAAAUGAUUGGAAGAAAGGAUGUAAGAGGAAGUUGGAUCUCGGAAAUUGUAGCAGUGGCAUUAACAUGUUGCCAUUGCAGAAUACAAAGCUUUUACAAUAUCCAUGGAAUUUUCCAGGCAUACAGUACUCCAUGCAGAUAUCGGGGUGUCAAUCAAAUUGUCGACAAAGUGCUGCCUGUGAUUCUUCUACUGCACCAUCAGACGGGAGUGGGUUUUGUUAUUACAUAUCUUCAGGUUUUAUAAGGGGAUAUCAGAGUCCUGCUUUGCCAAGCACUUCAUUCCUCAAGGUCUGUGGGGAUGUGCUCCCAAAUCAACAGGAAUCUUCAGAUGUUUCGAGGCCGGGUGAUAAGAAUGUGAAGACUUGGGUUUUGGCUGUUGUGGUUUUGGUUACCCUUUUUGCCAUGAUUGCUUUUGAGGCUGGUUUAUGGUGGUGGUGUUGUAGACACACCUCCAAUUUUGGAGGGAUGUCCAGCCAAUACACUCUUCUUGAGUAUGCUUCUGGUGCUCCAGUGCAGUUCUCGUAUAAAGAACUCCAUCGUGUGACGAACGGUUUCAAGGACAAGCUUGGAGCUGGUGGAUUUGGUGCUGUUUAUAAAGGGGUUCUUACUAAUAGGACAGUUGUUGCAGUGAAGCAACUCGAGGGAAUUGAGCAGGGAGAGAAGCAAUUUAGGAUGGAGGUAGCAACUAUAAGUAGCACACACCAUUUGAAUCUGGUGAGAUUGGUUGGUUUUUGCUCAGAAGGACGGCGUAGGCUAUUAGUAUAUGAGCUCAUGAAGAAUGGCUCUCUUGAUGGAUUGCUAUUCAAGGGGGAAGAAGGGCAAUCUGGGAAGUUCCUUAGCUGGGAAGAUCGUUUCAAAAUUGCUGUUGGAACUGCCAAGGGGAUCACAUAUCUUCAUGAGGAGUGCCGUGAUUGCAUCAUUCAUUGUGAUAUAAAGCCAGAGAACAUACUCUUAGAUGAGUAUUUAAAUGCCAAAGUCUCAGAUUUUGGUCUGGCAAAGCUCAUUAAUAUGAAAGAUCACAGAUAUCGAACCUUGACUAGCGUAAGAGGGACGAGGGGAUAUUUGGCACCUGAAUGGCUAGCAAACCUGCCACUGACUUCAAAGUCUGAUGUUUUCAGCUAUGGUAUGGUUCUUUUAGAGAUCGUGAGUGGACGAAGGAAUUUUGAUGUUUCUGAAGAAACAAAUCACAAGCGGUUCUCUUUGUGGGCUUACGAAGAGUUCGAAAAAGGAAAUCUCAUAGAAAUCGUUGACAAAAGACUUGUGGAUCAAGAGAUUGAUAUGGACCAAGUUAGUAGGGUGGUUCAGGUGAGCUUUUGGUGCAUCCAGGAGCAACCAUCUCAGAGGCCAACAAUGGGAAAAGUCGUGCAGAUGAUCGAAGGAGUCAUCGACAUCGAGAGGCCUCCUGCACCAAAAGUAACAUCCAUGGUUUCCGCAAGUGGAACAAGCACUUAUAUCAGCAGCAAUUUGAGCAAUUUCUCCACCACACCCACAACCGAAACACCGGCCUCAUUUUCGUCAUCUCUUGCUGCACUAGACAUGACUCCUGGUGGCAGCAAGAUUGAGAAAACAAGUUCAUCCCUUCUUCAAUCAAGGUACGACUAACUUUUUAGCUUUUCAGUUCAUUCCACAUUCGAAUCUUCUUACACAGAUUUGGGUGCAAAUAUUUUGCUCAAAUAUUUACUAGAAAGCUUUAUAGUUCCUAGUCAUGGUGAUGUAACAAUUAAGUUUUUUCUUCAAGUUAUUUUUCGACGUUAACUGUAAAUAUAUUUUGUAAAUCAUUGUGCAGUUUUGUUUUGGUGCUGAGGGUGCAAGCCCAACAAAGUUGUAAUAAGUUAGGAACUUCAUUAAAAUUGUAUAAUUGUUAAAAUUUCCAUCUUCUAUAAUAUUUGUAUGAUAGAUGAAGGUUUUUCUUCA